UCGAGGUUCUCGGCAUCACCGCCACACCCUCCUCGGAGUGCAGCAGCCUCAGCAGCAGCAGCAUGAUGCGAGUCGCCCUGCUCGUUUUGGCUGUCACAGCGGUCUGCGAUAGCAUCCUCCCUGAGAUAGUGGACUCGGGGGUCGGUCACAUCCUGGAGGAUAAUUCUGCACAGGGACAAGCAGAGCCGGACCGCGUGUUUGUGGAAGUGGAGCAGCUGCCAGAGGAUCCACAGCAAAAGCGUGAGGACGCGUUUCACCAAACAAAUGAGGAGAAUUCUCAUCCGAGUGUUCACAAUGAAACUGCUUCUGAUAAAGUGACUGAGAAUGACCAGGAGACAAACAACAUCACCACAGCUGAUGACCAGCACAGUGACCUGGAGAAUACAGUUGAUCAUGGAUGCAUUAAUGACGACGACUGCGGGAAGGGAAGAUAUUGCCUUCAUGAUACACCUAAUUCCAAGUGUCUGCCCUGUAAAGAACUUGAUGUGUCCUGCACUAAAGAUUCAGAGUGCUGUGGUGAACAGCUGUGUGUGUGGGGCCAGUGCAGGCAGAAUGCAACCAAAGGAGAGUCUGGUAGCACUUGUCACUACCAGACUGACUGCAGCCCAGACCUCUGCUGUGCUUUCCAUAAAGCCCUCCUCUUCCCCGUCUGUUCAGCCAAACCUAUUGAGCGUGAGCGCUGUUUUGGUGCCUCCAACCACCUGACGGAGUUGUUGUCCUGGGACACACAAGAUAAGGGACCCAGGAAAUAUUGUCCCUGUGCAGGAGCUCUCCACUGUCAACACUUGGGACGGGGGUCCAUGUGCCUGAAAGGAGAGGACUCGAGUGAAGAGGACCUGACAGACACACUAUACUCAGAGAUCGACUACAUACUCUAGACUCAGCUUGAUUUAUUCAGAUUGUCUUGUAAAGAGCUAGACAGACGUCUCCACUCACUAAUGAGCUUUUUUGUUUUGCAAAGAGCACUUUCUGUUUGCCACUUUAAGUCCAUAUUGUAAAGAUAUAGAGCAUGGGAAAUGGAUGAAAAUAUAUGUAGUUUACUUGCUAGAACUAAAAUUUCAGAAAUACAGACAGGUGUUUUUAUUUUAUUUUAUUUUUUUUUAGACAGAACCAUCAGGUGUUUGGAUGAACCUCUGCCUGACUUCAGCCAAUCACAUCCAUGAAAGAAAAGGCCCCCCCAAGACAAAAAAAAUGCAACCCACACUCUGAGGAGCUUUGAAAGCUCACAGUCAGUGUAGCUAGCUGUGUAGUCAGCGCGUUGUUUGAUGAUCCUUGCAUCUUUGUUAGGAAAUUGGUGUACAAGAGGCACUUGGCGGCUUUUUAAAACUACUUGUCAAGUCCUUAGAUGCAGCUUCAUUGGACAGCAGUUCCUUGUUAGGUGCAGUCAGCACAGUGGGGUGAUGAGGUGGCUCUGUUAUCCUUAGGGGGCAUUUUGCUGGCAUGGUUCAGGUCCCAUUGGAGGGAUGGGUCACUGGGAAUCAGAGUUGUUCUGUGUAAUCACCUUUAUCCUAUGAUGAAACAUUUCCAUCCUGGUGGGAUUGGUCUCUUACGAAAUAAUGCAACUAUUAUCCAUAGGGCACAAGGGGAAUGCUUAAAUAUGAAAAUGAUGUGGUAAAUGUUAAGGCCUUUUCAGUCACCAGAUCUCAAGUAACCUGUGGGAGAUUUUGAACCAUUGUGUUAGACACCACUCCACCCCCGCCAUCAUCAUUUAAAUAUCAAAUGAGGGAAUCACUUUUGGAAAAAUUAUGUUUCAUCCAUCCAGCAGAGCUCCAGAGAACUUGGGACACAUGGAGGCUGUUCUGGUUGGUCAUGUGGCGCCCCGACACCUAAACAGAGCACUUUAUGUUGCUUUUGCAUUAAUUUGUCAUCCUUCUGUAUGUAAAUUCUCACUGACAAAAACAAAUCCUUUAUUGAAACCACAAACUAGUUUCUCAAUGUAAGAUUCCUGUAUCUAAGGCUAAUGAUAAGCUAAAACUAACUCUAGACACUGAGAUCUCGAUAAGCUUCUCACUUCACUGCUUAUAUUUGUAAUCACAUCAUCUGAUCACAGAUGAUGUUUCCUUAAUAAUGCGAGAACCAAAUGGACUAGAAAAAGCAAUGCACUUAAGCUUUAUGUACUGUAUGAGCAAUAAAACAGUAAGCAUGGAGUUAGAACUACUGUGUUCUACUGAAAUAAUGCUGGCAUAAUGUUUCAGUACAGGUGCAUGUGUAGUGCUAACACUGCAAUAACUGCUGCCAAUUAACAUCUAAAAAGCUCCUUUACUUUUAUAAUUCAACCCAUUUCAAAAAUUGAUUAAUCCACAGGUGAAAAUGUUGCCUGUGAGAUGCUGUGUGUUCUUGUCAUCUGCACUGAAUACACAGAAACUAGGAAAACAUGUCAUCUACGAUCUGGUGCAGUCAAAUCAUUUUGCUGGCAGGGCCAAAUAGGAUUUUUUUUUGUCUUCCUUUCCCUUUAAUUAGUUAAACAUUUGAAGGUUACAGUUAUCACCAGGGAUUUUUAAUCAAGGGUUGACUAUAUUGUAAACCCCAUUUGAAAAUACUUGAUGAGACUGUGCAACAGUAUAUGUUAAAUUUCUACAACAUAAUAUAAACUGGACUGUUUUGAAAAACAAAAAGAUUAAAGAUCUAUCAACCACUGUUUUAUUUAUUUUUGCCUCAUUUGGGAAGACAGCAUAGAGGCUGAAAAACAAUCAGAGCCAACAAAGAUGUCCUGCUGUAAUUAACCUGGGGACUUCAUGCAGUACUUGGCAAUCGUGAUGCUCCAAAAUUAUAAUUGAGAUAUAUAUAAAUAAAUAAUUCU